GAUUCACCUAUUCGUUUCGACUUCAAGACUCAAGAUUCAAGAUGGCUGACGCUGCUCCUCGUGGACGAGGUGGAUUUGGUGGGCGCGGAAGGGGUGGCCGACGUGGUCCUCGCCGUGGUGGCCGAAGGGACGGCGAGAAGGAGGAGUGGGUCCCCGUCACCUCGGUUGGCAGGCUCGUCAAGGACGGCAAGAUCAAGUCGAUCGAGGAGAUCUACCUUUUCUCGCUCCCCAUCAAGGAGUUCCAGAUCGUCGACAUGCUCCUGCCCAAGCUCAAGGACGAGGUCAUGAAGAUCAUGCCCGUCCAGAAGCAGACCCGUGCCGGUCAGCGCACCAGGUUCAAGGCUUUCGUUGCCGUCGGUGACUUCGACGGCCACGUCGGUCUCGGUGUCAAGUGCGCCAAGGAGGUCGCCACGGCCAUCCGCGCUGCCAUCAACAUCGCCAAGCUCAACGUCAUUCCCGUCCGUCGUGGCUACUGGGGUAACGCCCUCGGUGACCCGCACACGGUGCCCAUGAAGACGAGCGGCAAGUGCGCUUCGGUCAUGUGCCGUCUCGUUCCCGCUCCCCGUGGUACCGGUAUCGUUGCUGCCCCUGCCUCGAAGCGCAUGCUCCAGAUGGCUGGUAUCGAGGACUGCUACACCCAGGCUUCGGGCCAGACGGCCACCCAGGGUAACUUCAUCCAGGCCGCUUACAUGGCUCUCACCAAGACCUACGGCUUCCUCGACCCUACCCUCUGGCGCGACAUUGCCCCUCCUCCGACGCCGUACCAGGAGCACGCCAACCACCUUGCUCGCCAGGGCAAGAAGGCUCUUGCUCACUGAGCAGCGCCCUCUUUUCUACCCCUUUACAUUUCGCUCGCCCCCUCGCACGGCUGUGUUCUCCCCCCUCCCCCCUUUCCCCCUUUCUCUUCUCUUUCAUGCCUAUGUAAAACUUUCAC